ACUUGCCCUUUUCUGGUUAUUAACCUACGACGCCUCUAUUUCCUACUGUGGCUUAGUGGCCGACCAACUAGCAACUAGUCCGUGAGCGGUGGCGGUGAGAAUGGCGGCGAUGCUAAGGAGCGCCAGGGGGAGCAUGAGCUGCGUGUUAGGGCUUCGGAGGUUGAGCCACGCCAUGGCCCUGCCUCCGCCGUUAGAUGGGGUCAUUCACCGCGGGGUCACAUCUCCACCGUGCGUUUUGCCUGAGUUCGAUCAAAACUGUGACGACAACAACAACAACAUCGGAUUCGGAUUGGGGUUCUCGAAUUUUCCUUAUGGUGGAUCUAUGGAGCUUAUGGCUGUUCCCAAAAAGAAGACUUCUCCCCAUAAGAGAGGCAUAAGAAAUGGACCAAAGGCUUUAAAACCUAUUCCUGUGAUAAUGCGGUGCAAGGGCUGUGGUCGGGUCAAGCUGCAACACUUCUACUGUUGCAGUGGAGAUAGGGGAAAUGUUGGUGAGCAAGAUGAUUCAACCAGAUGAUCAAGUUCUCUGCUAUGAAGAUCGAACCUUGGUGGCCUCAUUCGAGUUUUAAAUUCUCAGUUUCGAACAUAUCUUCAUGAAGUUGUUGGAGUUUAUAUUGGAUAUUUCUUCCCGGAGUGCAGGUUAUGUUGAGCCUGUUCUUUUCAUGGUCGAUACACUUUUCUACUAAAUGUUUAUCAGUGUGAGAACAUCAUCCACUGAAGCUGGGUUUGUGGAUAAGCUAAUUGGUUAAAUAGUUAGAAGGGUUCCAUGCAAAUGGACUAAAUGGGAGUAGAUAUAUGGGAAGAAUAAUACGGUAUUUUAAGUAUUAGGAUCUGCACUUCUGCCUGGGCUCAAGGUGCUUAAUUGGCUAUGCUUGAAAUUUUGUAAUUAUCAUAAAAUUGUUUGGCUUCUUUUGGUUGUGUUCCAAUACACUAACAUUCUUAGUCA